CUCUUACACAGUGUACUGGAGAGAGUCGCAGGCUGCGCAACGGGGAAUUGUCCUGCUGUGCUGAGGAGCUGCUGGACCGCCUGGAGGCAUGACCCUGACCCAGGAAGGCACGCUCUGCCAGGACCCAUCCUAAUUAAAUGACACACAAAGGUGGAUCUGAUGCAGAAAGCUCAUUAAGCCGCUGGUUAUUGGUGUGCCGGAAAUAUGAGCCGACCGGAAUCCUGAGACCUGGGAGGCAGCCAGCUCCCCUUUCUAUCAGAUGACGGGAGAGCUGAGUGCGUGACGCCUGAACGAUGACUGCUCCGUGUUACGUCCGUGUGCAGCUGGAUGAGACCCUGCAGCUCAUGCAGGUCGGGUCUAUGAUGAGAAAAGUCAAAUCACGCAGCUGGAAGAAACAGAGGUAUUUCAAGCUGCAAGAGGACUGCAUGACCAUCUGGUACAAAUCCAAGAAGACCGGCAACACCAAAUCCACAUUUUCCAUCAGCGACAUCGAGACCGUCCGAGACGGCCACCAGUCCGAGGUCCUGCAGAGCAUUGCGGAUGAGUUCCAGCCGGAGCUUUGCUUUACCAUCGUUUUCCAUGGCCGACGGGGGAACCUGGACCUCAUUGCGAAUACCCCCGAGGAGGCCCAGUGCUGGAUUCAGGGCCUGGAGAGGCUCAUAGAGACCGUGAAAAACAUGGACCAGAAGGAGCUGCUGGAUCAAUGGAUAUGGGACUGGUUUAAGAAGGCCGACAAGAACAAUGAUGGCAGGAUGAACUUCAAGGAGGUCCAGGAUCUGCUGAAAAUGAUGAAUGUAGACAUGAGCGAACAUCACGCCUAUCGCCUUUUUCAGAUGGCCGAUAAAUCAGAGUCUGGCACUCUGGAGGGGGACGAGUUUGUUUUGUUCUACAAAGCUCUGACACAGCGUGAUGAGGUCCUGAAGAUAUUUCAAGACUUCUCCAAGGACGGCAAGAAGUUGACACUGCUGGAGUUCGUGGACUUUCUGCGUCAAGAGCAGUUGGAGUCUGAGAACCCGGAGGAGUUUGCCAUGGACCUUAUUGCUCGAUAUGAGCCUUCAGAGACCGCGAAGAAGCUCCACGCUCUGAGCAUUGACGGCUUUCUCAUAUAUUUGUUGUCUGCGGAGGGAUCCAUAUUUAACGUGAGCCACACGCUGCUCUACCAGGACAUGACGCAGCCACUGUGCCGCUAUUUCAUCUCCUCCUCCCAUAAUACCUACCUGAUGGAGGACCAGCUCCGGGGGCAGAGCAGUGUGGAGGGCUACAUCCGGGCACUGAAGAGAGGCUGCCGCUGCGUGGAGGUGGACACCUGGGACGGCCCCAAUGGAGAACCCAUUGUGUAUCACGGGCACACCUUUACUUCCAAAAUCCUCUUUCGUGACGUGGUGUCAGUCAUCAACAAGUAUGCAUUCAGGGCAUCCAAAUUUCCGGUCAUUCUGUCCUUGGAAAACCACUGCAGUGUGGAACAGCAAGAUACCAUGGCACAACACCUGAAGAGCAUUCUGGGAGAACAACUUGUGACAUCCACUCUGGAUGGGCGGAUCCCUACUCACUUACCCUCCCCUGAGGAGCUGUGUGGUAAAAUCCUCCUGAAAGGGAAGAAAAUUGGGAGUCUGGAGGACUGUCUGGGGGAACAGCGUGAAGGCUCUUAUAUUGGGGAUCUAUCAGACGAGGAGGACAGUGGAGGGACAGAGGAGGAAAACAGCCGAAAUGAAGAAAAGAGGACUCUAAAGAAGUCCAAAGAACGUCUCUCUCAGGCUUUGUCUGACUGCAUCAUUUACUGUAAGAGCGUUCAGUUUGAGAACUUCAAACACUCGAAAACCUAUUACAAGCUGUAUGAAAUGUCUUCCUUCACCGAGUACAAGGCCAGGAAACUCGUCCGAGAGCCAGGUAAUGAAUUUGUCCGACAUAACGCCUGGCAGCUGACGCGGAUUUACCCCACUGGGCUCAGGACGGACUCUUCAAACUACAACCCGCAGGAAAUGUGGAAUGUUGGAUGCCAAAUGGUGGCGCUGAAUUUCCAGACAGCCGGAGUGGAGAUGGAUCUGAACGAUGGACUUUUCCAGCAGAACGCUCGCUGCGGUUAUGUCCUGAAACCCCCCUUCAUGAGAAGCGUAGACACCAACUACAACCCGGAUCAGCCUCUGGACACCGAGGGCUAUUCUCCGGUCACAUUGUCCAUACAGGUGAUUAGCGCUCAGCAGCUGCCUAAGGUGGAGAAUAGUAAGGAAGGCUCCAUUGUAGAUCCUCUGGUAAGAGUGGAGAUCUUUGGUGUUCCCAUCGACCAAACGAAGCAGGAAACCAAGUAUAUAGACAACAAUGGAUUUAACCCAUUGUGGAACGAAAAGCUGCAUUUUAAAAUCCACGUUCCAGAGCUGGCCCUGGUGAGGUUUGUGGUGGAGGAUUAUGACAAGACCACAAGGAAUGACUUUGUUGGGCAGUAUACUCUACCCUUCAAGAGUAUCAAAUCAGGUUACCGCCAUAUUCACCUCCUAUCUAAAGACGGCAUGAAGAUUGCACCGGCCUCCCUGUUUGUUUUUAUCCGUAUCAUGGACGUGGCAAGUCUCGUUCAGGGUACUGAGGUCUAAAAGACUCCUGUUGACGUUCGAUGUCUUCUACGCAGAGCCUCGGCGCCAGUCCUGAACGCCCAGCUUCAUCGCUGUUUGUCCAGCUGCAUUUUGCACACCCCCUAGAGAACGCUAAUUUGUAUAUAUUAUAUAUGUAUAAAUAUGUUUAGUUAUUUUUUACCUAAUAUUUAUUGUACAGGUGUAUAUUCUGGUGCUAUUCUAUUUAAACUGUUUUUAUUUUUGUUGCUGGUUAGCAUCGCUAAUGUUAUUGACUAUGGACUAUUACGCUGCCCCCUGCAGUAUGAACAGUGUUAUUGAUCUCGCAGUGCAAGAAAGUGUUGAUAAACCAAGAAGUAUUAAACGCUAUCUGAGUUCUCUGCUCUGAA